ACUUCUUUUUCCAUCGCGCGUUACUCCCACGCUCGCAUUCCUCGGUCAAUGGGGACUGCCUCCGGGACCCAAUUUUGCCGCCUUCCAGCUCGCUCAUUUCCAUCUCCUUCUCCCCCUCCUCCUGCUUCGACGAUCUCCUCUGAAUUUUUCUUUUUGAUUUCUGGGUUUUUCUCGAUUUUUUUUUUUGUUUGCGAAAGCGUAUUCUUGGGUUUUUUUUUGUGUUCGUGUGGGUUUGGGAUUGAUUGGUAGAAAUGGAGGGAAGAACAAGAGGAUCAAUGUCGUCGAGCAUCGGAGAUUCUGCAGACCUGGAAGCAAAUCUGACACUGAGUGACCGUUUGAAGGUCUUCAAGAGCUCUGGGUUCGAUCCCGAUUCUUACGUCACCUCCAAAUGCCAACACAUGAACGAAAAGGAGAUAAGGCAUCUGUGUUCUUACCUCGUCGAGCUAAAGAAAGCCUCUGCAGAAGAGAUGCGUAAGAGCGUAUACGCUAACUACGCAGCAUUUAUACGGACAUCAAAGGAGAUAUCAGCUCUUGAAGGGCAACUUCUCUCCAUGAGAAACCUUCUUUCUGCUCAAGCAGCUCUUGUUCACGGCUUAGCGGAUGGUGUUCAUAUCAGUUCCUUGUGUGCGGACGAUGCUGAUGACUUAACAGAUGAAGUCCUCUACGAUAUAGAGAACAAACAGUUGUCCAGUAUAGAGAACUGGGUCAUUGAGUUCUUCGACAGACUUGAAGUUCUCUUAGCAGAGAAGAGAGUGGAAGAAGCCAUGGCUGCUUUAGAAGAAGGGCGUCAAGUAGCAGCAGAGGCUAACGAGAGGCGCAGUCUUAGCCCUAACGCUCUUCUUUCUCUGAACAACGCUAUCAGAGAGAAAAGACAGGAACUAGCAGACCAAUUGGCUGAAUCAAUAUGCCAACCUUCCACAAGAGCAGGUGAGCUAAGAUCGACAGUAUUGGCUCUCAAGAAACUCGGGGACGGUCCUCGUGCUCAUACAUUGCUUCUUCGCUCUUACGAGAAGAGGCUUCAAGCCAACAUUCAAAGCCUUAGAGCCUCCAACACAUCUUACGGGGUAGCUUUUGCUGCUGCUCUCUCGCAGCUCGUUUUCUCAACCAUUGCUCAAGCUUCGAGCGAUUCUCUUGCCGUUGUAGGAGAAGAAGAGCCUGCUUAUUCAUCCGAGCUCGUGACUUGGUCGGUUAAACAAGCAGAAUCUUUCGCUCUUUUACUGAAAAGACAUACAUUGGCUUCAUCCGCUGCUGCAGGGAGUUUACGGGUCACUGCUGAAUGCAUCCAACUCUGUUCAUCCCAUUGCUCAUUGCUGGAAUCUCGAGGUUUAGCUCUUGCUCCUGUGUUGCUGAAACAUUUCAGGCCAUGUGUGGAACAGGCAUUGACUGGAAAUCUCAAGAGAAUCGAACAAAGCAGCGCCGCUUUAGCUGCUUCGGAUGAUUGGAUGCUCACUUAUACACCGACUGGUUCACGGGCUUCGUCCACUGCACAGAUUGCACCUCAUCUGAAGCUUUCUGUAAGCGCUAUCCGAUUCAAUUCCAUGGUUCAGGAGUUUCUGGAGGAUGCAGGGCCACUGGAUGAAGUGCUUCAAUUAGACGGGGUUGCACUGGACGGUGUUUUGCAGGUGUUUAAUGCGUACGUCGAUCUUUUAAUCAAUGCUUUACCCGGUUCAGCUGAAACAGAGGAGAAUCCAGUCCAUAGAAUAGUUAAAGUGGCUGAAACUGAAGCUCAACAAACGGCAUUGUUAGCGAAUGCUCUUCUGUUAGCUGAUGAGUUGAUACCACGUUCCGCUUCAAAGAUUCUGUCCUCAAACACUGGCCAAUCCACUCCUAGCAAAGACAGACAGAACAGGCCAGAGCAAAGGGAGUGGAAGAGGAAGCUCCAAAGAUCAGUGGAUCGCUUAAGAGACAGCUUCUGUAGACAACAUGCUCUUGAACUCAUCUUUACCGAAGAAGGAGAGGUACGUCUCAGUUCUCAGAUGUACAUUGCUAUGGACGAAAUCGUGGAAGAGCCCGAAUGGUUUCCCUCUCCGAUUUUCCAGGAACUGUUUGCCAAACUGACAAGAAUAGCGAGCAUUGCCAGCGACAUGUUCGUGGGGAGAGAAAGAUUCGCAACAAUAUUGUUGAUGAGACUGAUGGAGACGGUGAUUCUAUGGAUCUCAGAUGAUCAGACAUUCUGGGAAGAGAUCGAAACGGGUCCUAAACCUCUGGGUCCUCAUGGUCUUCAACAGUUUUAUCUGGACAUGGAGUUUGUCAUGAUCUUUGCUUCACAAGGACGGUACUUGUCUCGAAACCUUCAUCAAGUCAUCAAGAACAUCAUAGCUCGAGCCAUUGAAGCUGUUGCAGCCACUGGACUUGACCCGUACAGGACGUUGCCUGAGGACGAGUGGUUUGCAGAAGUGGCUCAGAUAGCGAUAAAGAUGUUGACCGGAAAAGCCAAUUUCGGUGGCCACGUGGAGCGUGACGUCACCAGUCCCUCUGUUUCCUCUGCUAAAUCUUACACUAGCAAUUAAUCACUUUUUUAUAGUGAUAACCAUGUUUUUAGUAUCUCUGUUUAACUGUAUGAUGUCUUUCCUAAAUUGUCAAUAAUAUUUUUACUCAAUACCAA